AUGCUCUACUUUCUGACAACGUACAACAAGAACAAACAGUACGGCCACCGGUUGUCCUUCCUGGACGCCGCAGCAUCCGCAAAGCUCCUGUGGUUUAUACUCAUCCUGCGGCCGUUCACCAUUGAACUGCUCAAAGACGAGCUGGCGCAGUUCAAAGGCGACAUGUACCUGAGGCACGCAGAGGACACCGUGUAUGAGCAGGACGUGUUAGAGGUCAGCGUGGACAACUCCGAAGACGAAAACGUCCCAGUGUCCAACCAUGCCAGGCGGCUGACAGAGAGGAUCCAACUGCUGGCAGCGUCCAGCCGUGCUGCCACGGUUGGGGCGGCGGUCCUGAAGGAGUUUCUGUGGGUGGACAUCGAGCACCACAGACUGCUGGGCCUCAACCAGUUCAACACCGAGCUAAUGCGGCACCCGCGGAAGGGGACACGGCACGGCAUGACCAUCCGGCUGAUGCGACAGGCGCUGGCCUCGCUGUGGAAGAACGCAGUGCACGAGGUCAGCAAGACGGAGCUGAUCGCCAAGGGGUUCGGCCACAAUGUCCUUACCCACCUGAACAUCUACGGGUUCAACCGCGACUCGGACGUGAACUCGGGCGCCCAGGAGGACAUAUUUGUCGAGGUCCGCAACCUGAGCGCGCGGUUCAUGGCCGCGGUCGACCCCGAACGCCUACAGCGGUACCGCAGCCACUUCAUCACCCGGGCCAAGCGGCGCAGAAUUGAACACCAGCCCGGCCCUGUCUGCGGCGUUGAGGAGCUGUUUGCUGCGGGGAAGCGGUUGCUGAACUGCCCCGACUUCGACUUCCGCAACCGCGACCAGCUGCUGUUCACCACAAAAGUGCUGUUUUCGCGCUACCGCGCUCUGGGACUGCAGGCUGCAACUGCGUUUGGAAAGUCCCUGACCUUUUUGCUGCUCAUGAUGUUUCGGGCGGCGGAAAGACCCAACCAGUAUCUACAUUUUAUAGGUGUUCCAUACGAGGCGCUGAAGCGCGCGACAGCCAAGAAAGUGGCACAGACCGGGUUGCGGGUGGCGCUGGCCACAGAGCUGCUGAGACCAGCACCGCUCCAGUAUAUCCGCGACACAGACGUCUUUGUCGGGUGCUGGGAAACGUUCGCGGAGCCACAGCUGGUUGCAUUGUUUCGAAACUGGGACAGCGUCGCGGGAAGUGCCAAGAAACUAGGCUAUUUGGUGUUUGACGAGGCACACACGCUCUUUUUCGACUCGACAUACCGCCCUCAGCUUAACGAGGUGCGGGCGCUUGGGUGGGAGAACUGGGAAAAGGUCUUGUUUCUGUCCGCGACAAUGGACGCCGGUCUGUUCCAGACGAUUGCAGAGGACCGCAGGCUGCCCAACUACAUAAUCAGUCAGCGGUACUUCAUGAACGCCGUGAAGGAGGUGCCGAACAUACAGAUGAGAGUCGAUUGCAUCUGGCGCAAGCGGAGCAUGAUAGUGGACGAUGUUCGGCGGUUGAUCCAUGCGUUCCUGACCGGUGUCGCAGAGGGCAAGGCCGUCUUCUUCUUUGGAAACAAGAAGACGAUGGCAAAGGCGUACCAGGGGUUCCGUUCAAACGAGAGGGUGGUCCAGGUGUCAGCGUCCGAAAGCGGGGAGCACAGGCGUACGGUAUUUGGGAUGUUUGAGGACGGCCCCUCUUUACAGAGCGUGAUCCUCGGAACAAAGCUGAUAUCGAACGGGCUGGACUGCCCGUCAGUGCGGUUCGUGUGGCUCGUCGAUUUCCGGAUGAACGCUGUGGACUAUCUGCAGAUGGUUGGGCGGAUCCGCGGGCACGGGUACAUCCGGGUGCUGUACAGCGGCACUGGCGGUGUGCCUCUCGAAACUACCUCGCGCGGGAGGAACUUCCCUCUACUGAAUUUCCGGGAGUGCAUCACAGAACAGAUCGCCCGGUACUACGGCCUGGAGGGCACUUCUCACGCGCGGUGCUGUGGCGAGGGCACAGACGAUGAGUGGACCAGAGAGAUCCGCGCCAGGAUGGACGCCGAAGGCACUCCCGAUGUGUCUGCGUCAGAGAGCGGCGGAGAGACGGACCCCGCGACGGUCGGACCGCUGGAAGAGAAGCUCCAGGGUCGGGGCUUUCUACACCAUGUCCUUGGUGCGGGAUACAAACAUGCGGUGCAGGGCGUGUUACUGGGCCUAAACGUCGUAGCAGUGCUGAGUUGGCGGUUCAACCCGUCGACUCGUCUGUGCCGCGAGUGCUGGGACCUGCGUCACGAGUCCGAUCCCUGUCACCCACUGAAGAGGGAGCUAUUGACGCUGUCCGCGGAGAUUCUACUGGUGCUGUACGUGGCGCAGGAUAAAAAGUUCGAGGAGUUCGCUGGGUUACUCGAGCAGCGCGGGUCGUACGACUUCGUUCUGGAAAUGUUGCAAAACAGGGCCUGCUCCUGCGGUGGUUACUGGUGUUUGUACAAAAGUGCAAACUGA